AUCAGAAUUAGUCAAUUCAAUAAACUCAUCAUCAAAAUGUCUUACUCCGCUGUUAAAAUCCCAGGUAGAUUUGGUUUCGGUACCAUGUCCAUGACAUGGAAGCCUGUUCCUCCACCAUUCAAGCAAUCCAUUGAAACUUUAAAAUUUGUUACUUCUCAUAAAGAAUUCGGCACCAAGUUACUUAAUGGUGGUGAAUUUUAUGGUCCUAAUGAUGCCAAUUUGAAACUUUUCAAGGAAUUCUUGGAAUCCAACGAUCCUGAAGCUAACAAGGAAUUGAUUGUUUCCAUCAAGGGUGGUUACAGCAGUGCUGGUAUUGAUGGUAGUGCUGAAAGCAUGAAACGUUCCAUUGAAAACAUCGCUUCUUAUUUCCCCAAGGAAAACCGUCCAAAGUUAAUCUUUGAAAUUUCCAGAGUUGACAAGAGAGUUCCUUACGAAGAAACCAUCGGGUAUAUUGCCGAGUACGUCAAGAAUGGCACUAUUGAUGGUAUUUCUCUUUCUGAAGUUGGUAUUGAGUCAAUUAGAAAAGCCAUUAAUGUGUUCCCUAUUUCCUGUGUUGAAUUAGAAUUGAGUUUGUUUUCUCAAGAUGUUAUCUCCACUGGUAUCUUGAAGGAAUUAUCAGAACAUCAAAUCCCAUUGAUUGCCUAUUCUCCACUUUGUCGUGGUCUUUUAACUGAUUACUGUGUUGAACAUGCCGAUACUUUCCUUAGUGAAAUUCCCCAAGGUGAUAUGAGACACAACUUUGAUAAAUUCAAGCCAGACAACUUCAAGCAUAACUUGGUUGCUUUAAAGAAAUUAUAUUCUUAUGCUCACGAUGUCAAGAAAACUACCUUGGAAUCCUUAGCAUUAUCUUGGAUCUUGAAAGUUUCUGGGUCUGCAAAUUUCAGAGGUAUUCCAAAAGUCACUCAUAUCUUGCCUAUUCCAAGUGGCUCCACCAAGGAAAGAGUCACAUCUAACUUUUCUGCUAUCGUUGAAUUAACCAAUGAUGAUUUAAAGGCCAUUGAUAAGAUCUUUGAAGAAAGUCCAAUCAAGGGUUACAGAUAUAAUGCCCAAAUUGAAGGUACUUUAUUCCAAUAAAUAAGCUUAUAAAAUAGUAUAUAUAUAUUGAAUAAACUACUACUACUUUUUAAAUAAUUCUCCAAAUUUAGGAUCAGAGAAUUUGGUAUAUCUAGGCGCAGUCCAUCUUCUCAUACUCUUCCCCCACUUUAUAAGUACAAGGAAGCUUCCAUUGAUUAUAAGCGACAACAUAAACAUUAACCAAGUAGUCAACUUUAAUCCACAUCCAUCCAACCAUGGCAUGAAUGCAAAGCAGAACGCCAUUCCAAUCAUAUUUCUAAUGAAUAAAAUAAGCACAAUACUUUCACUGGCUAACUUAUGAUAACAAUCAACGGCAUAUGUCAAACAAAUCGAACCUGUCGACCCCAUUGCGAACCCCAAAAAUCCUUGUCCUACAACCACGGAAAUUGCCCAAUGGGCACCAUAAGCUGAUCCUAGUCCAUAGGCCAACAAACCAGCAGCAUUGAUAAUUGUAGGCACAAACAUACUAUACAAUCUAAACUCUGGUUCCAAGAUACCGUUAUUGCGUUGGGCCAACUUGAUAGUGCUCCAAUCGACAAAGUAUCCACCAUAAAGCAUCCCAAAUACGCAUCCUCCAAAUGCACCCAAGUUGGUUAAACCUAUCCCAUUAACCAGGAAAUUAUAUGGAGCAGCUCCAUAAAUUAUACUUUGAGAAUUUCCAAUCAAUGACAACCACAUCAUUUGCGCCCCAUAGACCAACCCACCCCACAUGAUAGCCGGGAAGGAUACCAAGAAGAAUGGACGGUAGAAAAUGCAUAACCAUGAUCUUGGGUCGUUAUAUUGGGUAUGAAUCACACGCAUGCGUUGCCUAUAGGUAAGUUUGGGGAUUGACGCAUCUAUAGAAUUGUUGUCAUCAGAGUCAACUUCUUUGGCAAUCAGGACAAUAUUGUCCAUUUUGUGAGAUUUAGGAGAUUGGGUCUGUUUGAGGAUUUCUUCUUCAAAUUCAUCUUCCUCUUCACCAUCUCUUCUAAAUGAAGUUUCUUCCAUGGUGAACAAAAAGGAAAUGAAUAUAACCACGUAUAUUAUGAUCUGGAUGUAGAAACACCAUCUCCAGCCAAUACCAUCGGAUACAUACCCACAAGCCACUGGGCCCAAGUAACUCCCAGCAUAAAGAGCAAGAAUGACUAAUCCAAAUGCAGUAGAUCUUUCAUGUUGAAAGUAAAUAUCUGUGGACGUUAUUUCAGCCAAUGAAUCAACUGGAGCAGCACCAAAUCCGGUUAAUGCCUGAUAUAAGUAAAUAUGACCAAUUCUGGUAGCCUUGGCACCAACAACACAGCCAACAACCCCAAGCAAAGUACAUGACAAAUAUGUGAAUCUUUUCCCAAGUUUCAAAGCAGUUGGUUGAACAAUUAAGACACCUACUCCAAGAAAUAAGAAACAUAUGGCAACACUGAUACUUAAUUCAUCAUAAGUACAGUUCAACUCGUCAACCCAUACAUCAAACAAAGGACCAUAGAAAUUGACUGUGAGAGCAAACAUAAAACACCAGAUCCAUACCAAGAAGAAUUGGAAGUUCUUUUUGACUUUAGACCAUCUUAAUGGAUCGUUGAUAUUGGAAGUAGGUUGAGGUUGAAGAAUGAUGUUAUCGUUGCCAUCAUUCUUUUUCACGUUUAAGUUUCCAAGAAUAUCGAUGAGUUGAAUGGUUCCUGGUACUAUCUCAGCUUCAGAGACGCUAUAUGGUUGUUCUAAUUCAGACAUGGUUUGCU